CUAAAAUUGAAGUGGGGAGGCCUUGUCAAUCUCUCUCUCUCUCUCUCUCGCUCUCUCGCUCUCUCGCUACAAAUAAUGUCCUCUUCGUUUGAGACUUGAAAAUCUCCGUCACUCGUUCUCCCUUUCUUCUCCCUUCCUUCACAUUGCAACGGAGAAGGAAAUCACGAACUGCCUGAGCGAGGUACACACCCAUAUUGCCAGAUUUAUAGGAUUUUCAAGUCAGGUACAUAAUAAGGUGCCAAGAUGGUUGUGCAGGAAUUUACUGUGGACUUGAAUAAACCUCUUGUAUUCCAGGUUGGUCACCUUGGCGAAACUUACCAGGAUUGGGUUCACCAACCUAUUGUUAGCAAGGAAGGCCCACGGUUUUUUGAGAGCAAUUUCUGGGAGUUCUUUACCCGAACAGUAUGGUGGGCAGUUCCUCUCAUUUGGCUUCCUGUUGUUUGUUGGUUCAUCUACACAUCUUUUCAAAUGGGCCAUACUCUUCCUCAAGUAUGUCUAAUGAUACUUGGUGGCAUAUUUGUGUGGACGUUGUUGGAAUACACUUUACAUCGCUUCCUGUUCCACAUCAAAACAAAAAGCUACUGGGGAAACACCAUACAUUAUCUCCUUCAUGGUUGCCAUCAUAAGCAUCCCAUGGAUGGGCUACGACUUGUUUUUCCUCCUGCUGCAACAGCCAUUCUUUGUGUACCCUUCUGGAACCUCGUUAAGUUUAUGUCAACUCCCUCUAUUGCUCCUGCUUUGUUCGGUGGUGGUUUGUUGGGAUAUGUAAUGUAUGAUGUCACACACUACUAUCUGCACCAUGGACAACCAUCCAAAGAAGUGCCUCGAAAUCUCAAGAAAUAUCACUUGAACCAUCACUUUAAAGUUCAGAACAAGGGCUUUGGGAUUACUUCAUCACUUUGGGAUAGGACGUUUGGGACGCUUCCUCCAUCCAAAGCUUCUCAGAAGAGUAAAUAAUCUAUUUGCUGCUGUAGAGUGAACAGGCAUAUUGGCUUUGUUCAGGUGUUGUAAUUUGUCAUGAAGCAGCCUGGCUUACAAUUGGAUAUUGUGAUCAUCCUUUGUUACUGGUGUUCAGUAAGCUUGGUUAAUCUUAAGAAAAUUCCUCAUGUAUCAAUUCUUUAUCUUUAUUUGUAUUUCUUACUUUAGCUGCUUGGCCCAGGUUUAGCAGGAUAUUGGUGAUCAUACAGUUUCUUCAUAUUGGCUCCUAGUUGUUUGUGACUUGAAAUAUUUUUGUAGGGAACAUUUUCCAGACUUCUUUCCUGAGCAACAUAGUUUGAAAGAUGUUCUUGUAUAGUUUA